GCUUUGGUUAAGAGCAUUUUUUAAAGACAUUUCUCCAUCGAUAAGUCAUAAGUGGCAAAACCCUAACUCGAAAAGAUAAACCUCUCAAACCCCAUAGCCUUCCGAGUGAACUCGGGCAGCCAUGGAUGAGUCAGUAAUUGAAGCUCCGAAGAUCGAAAACACGGAGCUCUCAUCUCAGCCAGAAAACUCAGGCGAAGUUCAUAUGUCGUCGGAGAAUCAGGCAGCCAUGGAAGAGUCACCAAUUGAAGCUUCGAUAAAAAAGGAACCAUCAUUUCAGCCAGAAAACUCAGGCGAAUUUCAUCCGUCGUCGGAGAAUCAGGAAGUCAUGGAAGAGUCACCAAUUGAAGUUUCGAUAAAAACGGAGCCAUCAUUUCAGUCGGAGAACUCAGGCGAAGGUCAACUUUCGCCGGAGAAAUUGAUAGCGAAAGGUAUAGCUCCGGUGAAGAAAGAGUUUCUCCGGCCACCUCCGAGUAGCAGGUCCACGAAUUUAGAUAAUAGAGAUGAAAAUGGUAAAUCCGACUCUUCUAAGAGCACUGGUAUUGUCAAGGAGAAGAAAUCGAAGCGUCAGCUCAAGCGAGAACGCCGUGAGGAACGAGAGUCUGCCCUGAAUAUAUGCCCAGCAGUUGCAAAGACUGGAGACGCUAGUUCAUGUAAAUUUGGAGAUAAAUGCCGUUUUAGUCAUGACUUUGAAGCUUACAAGUCUCAGAGACCAGCUGAUCUGGAGGGAGAGUGCCCAUUCAUCUCUGCUCAAAAGAAUUGUCCUUAUGGGGUGACUUGCAGAUUUUAUGGUACUCACAAGGAUAUGCCUAGUGAAAGUUUGGAUGUUUUGCAGGGAGGUGCUGACGUCAAUCCAUUGAAGAAAGAUGUCCAGAAGCUUCUUUGGAAGAAUAAAAUGAAAUACCCGAAAUCAGAUGCAGCUCUCAAACAGCUUGGACUAGUGGGAAAGGGCCACACAAGAGUGAAAGAAGAAGAAGAUAUUGUACCAAAGAUUUCAAAUGGAUCUCAUUGCUCAGAGGAUAAUGGCUGUGAGAAGUAUGACACUCCUGAUAAACAGCAGGAUGCAUCUGCUGCGCUUCUAGAGCCUUCUGCAGAUGGUGUGCUGGAUAAUGAUGACAGCAGACCGUUAAAGAAAGCAAAAUCUGUUGAUGAUGAUGGGAUUGAUUCUUCCAAAGACGUAAAUAAUGGUACAAGCCUCUCCAUUGAAGGUUUAGUGAACGUAUGCACAGAAGAUGAGUCCCAUUUUCCAAGGGAUUGCCUGCCUCCUGAAACCGAUGCCAGCUUAAAGUUACAGCCUCGUGAGAGAAAACUUAUCGAUUUCAGCAAAAAGCUAUAUCUUGCACCCCUUACCACUGUUGGGAAUCUGCCUUUCCGUAGAGUUUGCAAGGUUUUAGGAGCAGAGGUGACAUGUGGUGAAAUGGCUAUGUGCACAAAUCUUCUUCAGGGCCAAUCUUCAGAAUGGGCUUUGCUCAGACGGCAUAAAUCUGAGGAUAUAUUUGGUGUACAAAUUUGUGGGGCAUAUCCUGAUACUGUGGCACGUGCUGUCGAGCUUAUUGAUCAAGAAUGCUCUGUAGAUUUUAUUGAUAUAAAUAUGGGAUGUCCGAUUGAUAUUGUCGUCAAUAAAGGGGCCGGGUCUGCUCUUUUGACAAAACCAUUGCGGAUGAAAAAUGUAAUCCGGGCAGCUUGUGCUUCUGCAGAGAAACCUAUAACUGUCAAGGUUAGAACAGGUUACAUUGAAGGAAGGAAUCGCGCAGACUUAUUUAUAUCUGAUUUCUAUGAGUGGGGAGCUUCUGCUCUAACCAUACAUGGGCGUUCUCGCCAGCAACGAUAUAGCAAAGCUGCUGAUUGGGAAUACAUAAACACUUGUGUUAAAAAAGCUCCCGACUCAUUUCAAGUGCUAGGAAAUGGAGACGUCUUCUCAUAUUUAGACUGGAAUAAGCACUUUUCUGACUGCCCUGAACUGUCAUCAUGCAUGCUCGCUCGAGGAGCCUUGAUUAAGCCAUGGUUAUUCACUGAAAUAAAGGAACAAAGGCAUUGGGAUAUCAGUUCUGGUGAACGACUAGAUAUACUAAAAGACUACGUGCGUUUUGGUCUUGAGCACUGGGGUUCUGAUUCAAAAGGAGUGGAGACUACAAGGCACUUCUUGUUGGAAUGGCUUAACUAUACCUUCAGAUACAUCCCCGUUGGUUUACUGGAUGUUGUUCCGCAAAACGUUAAUUGGCGUCCGCCUUCUUACUAUGGUCGCAAUGACCUGGAGACGCUUAUGGCUUCUGAAUCUGCAGCUGAUUGGAUUCGAAUCUCGGAGAUGUUGCUUGGCAAGGUUCCUCCUGGCUUUACGUUUGCACCGAAACAUAAAUCUAAUGCCUAUGAUAGCGCUGAAAACGGCUAAUGCUGUGUCUAACUAGAGCACUGUCGCACAUUAUGCCCAAUUGCUUACACAUUGACUCAUCAUGUUUACAAAUUUCGAGAAAGGCAACAAAUGUUGCAGCUACUUUUCAAUGAUGUAUACUACAAUACUACAUUAUAAUUUUGCUUUACUACUACAGUCUGAAUUAAAAAGAAGGCUUAAUUUCAACAA